GCUAGGCUGAAUACCAGAACACAGGAUAUGCUUUGCAGUGCUCUCAGUUUCACAGCAGCAGCAGCAGCGGCAGCAGCAGCAGCAGCAGCAGCAGCGGCGGCAGCCCAGAGGACGACACACUCUGCAGUCAAGAUGAGUACUGGAGAUGUGGUCUGCACCGGCUGGCUCAUUAAAUCCCCCCCGGAGAAGAAGCUAAAGAGAUUUGCAUGGAGAAAACGCUGGUUUGUGCUUCGAAGAGGUCGCAUGAGCGGUAAUCCUGAUGUGCUGGAGUAUUAUCAAAGCUGUAACUCCAAAAAGCCCAUCCGCAUCAUUGACCUGAAAGAGUGUGAGGUGGAAAUGCUGAACGGGCAGCUCAGGAUAAAGCGAGACUUCCACGGGAAGCACCUCUUCGUGGUGAAGACUUCCUCUCGUAUUUUUUACCUGGUGGCCAAAACUGAGGAGGAGAUGAACAGCUGGAUCAGCAGCAUCAGUCAAAUAUGCCACUUCGGGAACCAGGAGGAUGCCGAGAGCUCAGAAGAAGGCUUUCCUCCCACCCCCACCUCCCUCCAGCCAUCACCAGACAGCUCCCACCGGGCAUCUAUCUCAAGCCAGCCAGAUUCCAGUCAUCCACCAGAAUACCUGCUUCUGUCACAGUUUAAGACAGGGAGUGUACGCAUUAGUAGAAAUGACAGCUUUUCAAACUCUGAGGUCUCCCUGGAGCAGAGAUCAUUGGAUGAUGCAGACAAGGAUACCGUGCCCUCACCUCUUUACACUGACUCCUCUUCAUCCUCCGUCUCUCAUCGUACCCCCAGUCCAUCUCUUUUUCUCUCCGGAAGAUUGACUAACCCUCCUUCCAGCGCUCCAUGUACCUCCAUGGCUUUACCUAGUGUCUUCCAGUUUGACAAACCUUUUUCUUCUGCAUCGUUUGAGGCAACGAGUGAUAGACAGACACCUCCUCCACUGCCACCCAAGCCCAAUCACUCAUCAGAGCAGCAACGUGAUGAAGGAGUUCACAGGUCGAGACCAAUGAGUGCACGGAAUUUCUCAAGCCACUCUGAGUUAUUUUCCCGGAGGAUGACUUUCUCAAGCCUGGACCAUCUCCGAAUAGGAGAUGGUGAUAGCAGGUUGAUGAGGAACAGGAGGCAGAGUCUCAAUUUGCCUUGUUUAAGCACUGUACGAGUUCAAAGCUAUCAGGAUGAGUCAUAUGUCCCCAUGGCUUCUCCUUCUCCCACUGUUACCACCGUUGACUGUGAUGGUUACAUCCCCAUGAGCCCCGGGACAUUCUCUUUCCUCAAUACAAACUGCAAUGUUGAGUCCUCCGCAAUUCUCAGCCCACUAUUGUGUCAACCUGCAGAUUUUCCACCACCUCCAAUUCACCGGCAUCUCAAACCUCGCUUGAGGAGAGCUCGACCCCCACCUCUUGACUUGAGAGGUCUCUCUACAAUCACAGAAUGUCCCACUCAACUACCUUUGAACAGAGCAAUGACUGAAUCAUGCUUUGCAAUGAACUGUUUAUCGUCUGAAAGAAGACUUGAGAAAGGGGACCAUUCAAGAGAUGAAGACCCAAGCUGUACAGCAAUGGAAUCAGUUCAGCAGUUCUGUCUUACAUUUGACGGAGCCGGUCAAAUGCUGGCAAGAAGAUCAAACCUCGACUAUUUGUCUCUGGAUUUCAAUUCUGCAUCCCCAUCUCCUGUGCAAAAGAAGCCCUUUCUGUCUGAUGAGCACAGAGUGGAUUAUGUGCAAGUGGAUGAGAAGAAGACUCAGGCACUGCAAAACACCAAAAUGGAGUGGACAGACGUCCGGCAAUCAAAAACAUAAAUGGAAAAUAUGUGAUGAAAAAAUAAACUGGGAACACUUGGUUUUAAGAAGACUAACAAAUAACACCAGCAAGGAGGACACACAUGAAGAGGACCAAAAACCUAUUUAAAAGCACUUUGGGAAACUGCAAAUAAAAGCACAAGAGUAAGUAAGCAUUUAGGAGGUGGAAACACAAAACUGCACUGUAAAAACUGAAUUAACUCUGUAACGCUGUACUGUAUAUAAUACCACAUUGUUCACUGUAUAACAAUAAUUUUUACUGUAGCAUUUUUUUCCCCAAAUUUUGGAAAGGGCAUCAUAUUACUUCAUUGUUAAAAAAAAAUCUGGGAGACAUGCUGUAAAUGUAUGUAUAGUAAGUGAGAAGACGACAAAUAUUUUGAUGAUACAGUGUGUGUGUGUGUGUGUGUGUAUGUAUGUGUGUGUGUAUGUAUGUGUGUGUGUGUGUGUGUGUGUAUAUGUAUAUCCCUCACUCUGUGUCAUGGACCCAGUCCAUAAUUUUAAGUUUUCUCUUUCUCCUUCCUCCUGCGGCCUUCAUAUUGAAGAUGUUUUUCACUUGUUUUGGCUCUGUAAUCACACAAAGAGAUUCUGCAAACAAAUUAAGGACACUGAUAUUACAUCCAUGAGUCAAAAUUCAAUGGAAGCAAUCCACAAUUUUCAUGCACAAUAUCAAAGUUAUUUUGAAAUAAUCUCCUCCUCUUUUGACCAAAAAGGCUGUUACAUCUAAAGUCUUUUUUAUUUAUUGAAUUCUGGUUAUUUAUUUAAUUGUAAUGUGCCAUUUGUCUUGUGUAUGUGUCUCUCGCCUUGGCAUCUUUCAAUGUCUAUGUCCUGGUAAGUAUAAAUAAAUUUUAUAUUUUAAAAUA